AUGACUUCUGGCCAAUUGCAACAAGAACGAAAUUUCGAAGAAAACACACUUAUUUGGUUAGAUAAAGAUCUCUAUAAUUCAUAUGAAAUAAAUCAGGUGAAAUUAAAACUACGUCAAAUAAUUAAUUAUACAAAAAUGUUCAAAAAUACUGAUGAAUGCGUAGACUACAUGUCAUCAAAUGAAAAUGAACAGGUUUAUCUUCUUAUUUCUGGCUCAUUAGCAGAUAUUGUUGUUCCACUUAUCUAUCAAAUAGAGCAAAUUAAAAUGAUCUAUGUUGUUUGUAUAAACAUCCAAUAUCAUGGUAAAUUAUCUCAAACAUUUGAUAAAAUUGGUGGCAUUUUUACUAAUUUAAACAUGUUGUAUGAUGCACUGCGACGAGAUAUUGUGACUAACAGAACAACAACAACACACUCAAUAUCUAACUCAUCUGCAUUAUUAUUAAGCGCUUUACCUUCACCACCUAGUGAUCGUUCGGAUCAACAAGAAGCAGCCUUUAUGUACUUCCGAAUGCUCACUGAAGUUCUUGUUGAAUUAGAACACGAAGAGUCGACUAAAAAUGAAUUCGUUGCUGUCUGUCACUCACAAUAUCAUGGCAACACUCCUGAAUUAGAAAAAAUCGAAGAAUUCAGUCAAAAAUAUUCUAAAGAACAGGCUGUUUGUUGGUAUACACGUGAUUCAUUUUUGUAUCGCAUACUGAAUAAUGCACUACGAAUACAGGAUAUCGAUAUUUUAUUUAAGCUUGGUUUCUUCAUUACUGAUCUUUAUAAUCAACUAAAAUCAUUGCAUUCAGAACAAUCAAAAUCAUUGUUGUUACCAUCUGUUGUUUAUCGUGGACAAUUUAUGACUAAAGAUGAAUUUGAUGAUAAAAUUAGGAAAAAUAUUGGUGGUUUUUUGUCAGUGAAUAGUUUCUUUUCAACAAGUGCAAAUAAACAAGUUGCAUUAAUGUUUACCGGUAAUUCAUCAUCAAAUAGAUUGAAUGUAGAAUCAGUUUUGUUCGAAAUAUCUAUUGAAAUCGAAAAAUGUCGGCAACCAAUUGCCGACAUAAGAUAUAUGAGUUACAUGAAAGAAGAAGAUGAGAUACUCUUUUCAAUGGCCGCUGUUUUUCGUAUUAAAUCAGUUCAAAGAUUGCAUUCUGAAGAUUUUUGGACAGUUCGCUUAGUGAUGAAUGGAGAAGAAGAUAAGGAAUUAAAUAAAUUAGCCAAUAGUAUCAAAAAUGAAAUUGGCCACUCAAAUACUUUGAAUACAUUCGGUGGUUUAUUGAUCAAAAUGGGAGAUUUUCAAAAUGCUGAAUACUAUAUGUUAAUGUUAAUUAAAAACAGUCAAUUUAACGAUUCAACAACAAAAGCAACGUAUUAUUCAAAUUUGUCGUGGAUUUAUAAUGAGCAGAUGAAUUUCGAUAAGGCGCUAUUAUGGGGUGAAAAAGCUCUACAAUUACGACCAUCUAACCGCGAGACACUGGCGGGCGUCUACAAUAAUCUCGGUCUUUCUCAUUUGAACAAAGGUAACGUUCUUCAAGCACUCAACUAUCUUCACAAAACGGUUGAUGUUUACCACGAAUUUCUCCCGUCUGAUCAUCCGAAACUAGUAAUUCCUUAUAUGAAUCUAGGUGCAUUAUAUGAAAAACAAGAAAAUCAUCUUAGUGCUCUAGAAUAUUUUCUUAAAACAGUUAAUAUUGUUCAAAAUACUUUGCCAACCAAUCAUCCAACUGUUGCAUUAGCCUACUGUCACGUCGGAGCUAGUUAUAUGUACCAAAAUAAUUUGAAUUCAGCAUUGUUUUAUUUACGUGAAUGUUUAAGAAUGCAGCAAAGAUCGCUACCACCAAAACAUCCAAUUCUAGUACAUACUUAUGCUAAUCUUGGUGGAGUUUAUUUAAAACAACAUAAUGAUGUAGAAGCGUAUGACUCAUUUCAAAAGGCAUUGGAAAUUAUUGGUUCAUCAUUAAAUCAUCCAGUCAAUUUGUUAUGUAAUUUACUUGAUGGUCAUCAAUGGGAACAAAUCAUUCGUAAUUACUUGCCUAAACUUAAAGUAUUACGACUUAGCAUGAGAAAUGUACUUUCUUUGAAUGAAAAUAUAGAAGAACAAGUUGAUGAAUUAAUUAAUUCAUUUCGAAGUUCAUUUUGGAUUGAUGAACGUAAAUGUUUAUCUAAAGGAUGUUAUUAUAAUUAUGAAAAGCCUUCAGAUUUAUGGAGAUCAACAUAUCCACAUGAUAAUCAACAAAACUAUUACAAUGACCUAACCAUUAUCUAUGAUUAUACAUUUUUUGAUCAAUCCUUUCCGACAAACAUUUAUUUAUCUAAGAUUAAGUUUCUUGUCAUAAAAUUUCCUAUGAAUAAUCAAUUUUGGUCCAUUGUUCCAAAUCUAAAAGAACUCUCCGUAUUGAUUAUAUCUUCUUAUCGUGAUAUAUUUCAAACUGAAUUUCAACGGUUACUAAAUCGAGCACCACAUCUCGAUCAUUUACGUAUUGAUCAAGAGAAAUCAUUACCAUUGCAAAAAUCAUUAUUUAAUUAUACAAGUACAUCGAUUCCUCAAUUGUCUUUAGAAAAUUAUUACUUCAAUGAAGAAGAAUGUAUUGCAUUGACUCAUUCAUCAUUGAUUAUUCAAUGUCAAGUACUUUCUAUUCAAGUGAUAUCUCGUCAAAGUAUUAUUAUUCUUGUCAAAAAUAUAAAGAAUCUUCGACGAUUAGAUAUUCAAUGUGAAGAUGAUCUUCAUGAUGGAAAAACACCCAACAAACAUGAUCUGGUUCAAUGGUUAAAUGAUCAUUUAUCAUCAAUGUAUCUAAUUUUCAGAGAUUCAGACGAUACGAGUCGUAUUCGAAUAUGGAUUUAA